AUGGACUAUAGUAUGAAGCACCAAUCGGAAGCAGCAAAGCAAGACAAAGCACUCUGUGACAUUGGCCACGGUUCAGUAUCUCAUCACAAUGCAAUGGAGAACAGAAGAUCUGCAAAUUACAAACCCAACAUUUGGAAAUAUGACUUCCUUCAGUCACUCACCAGCCAAUAUGAUAAUGAAGAAUUUGUCAUGAGGUUAGAGAAGAUGAUUAAAGAAGCAAAAAGUCUGUUUGUGGAAGAGAUUGGUCCAUUGCCCAAGUUGGAGUUGAUAUCUACCAUUCAAAAUCUUGGUCUGGCCAACCAUUUUCAGAAAGAAAUAAAGGAGGCUAUAGAAACCGUAAUCUCUGUUAAGAAUAACAAUAUUAGGGUUCAUGAUCAUGUGUAUUUCAAUGCUCAAUGCUUCAGGCUUCUUAGGCAGAAUGGAUAUGAAGUUUCUCCUGAUAAACUUGGUACGAUAUUCUUAUACGGCAAGGAGAAUAAGGGGAAUAAGUAUUCAAUUUCUAGGAAUAUCAAAGGCUUAAUCGAGCUUCUUGAGGUCUCACAUUUGGGUUUGGAAAGUGAAGAUAUCUUAGAAGAUGUUAAAAGAUUUGCUAUUAAUUCUCUCAAGGAUGCUUCCACCAAGCUACACUAUUCAAACCAAGUGGUCCAUCAUGCCUUGGAACUCCCUUCUCAUUGGAGAGUUCAGUGGUUUCAAGUAAAAUGGCAUAUCAAAGAAUUGGAGAAAAACCACAUGAAUCAUGUCUUGCUUGAACUGGCCAAAUUAAACUUCAACAUCAUUCAGGCCAAUCUUCAGAAGGAAGUGAAGGAAUUAUCUAGGUGGUGGAAGAAUCUUGGUUUAGAAAAAGAGUUGAAGUUUGCAAGGAAUAGGUUGGUUGAGAGCUUCAUGUGUGCAGCAGGAGUGUCUUCUGAACCAAAGUUCAAAUCUUUGAGAAAAUGGCUCACCAAAGUCAUCAAUUUUGUGUUGGUCAUCGAUGAUAUCUAUGAUGUGUAUGCCUCAUUUGAAGAAUUGAAGCAGUUCACACUCGCAAUUGAUAGGUGGGAUGCUAAAGAACUUCAAAGUCUACCAGACUAUAUGAGGAUUUGCUUCCAAGCACUCAGUGAUGUGACCGCUGAAACUGCUCAAGAAAUUGCUGCGCCAAACAACGUUGACAAAGUCUUACCUUACAUUAAGCAAGCAUGGAAAGACUUUUGCAAGUCUUUAUACGUGGAAGCAAAGUGGUACAAAGAGGGUUACGUACCAUGUUUGGAAGAAUAUCUUAACAAUGCUUGGAUUUCAUCUUCAGGACCAGUGAUUCUAUUGCAUGCAUAUUUCGCUACCUUGUAUCAACCAACACAUCACAUCAACAAUUUUCUGCUGACAAAUCACGACUUUAUCUUCAAUGUUUCACUCAUAAUUCGUCUCUGCAAUGAUCUCGGAACUACAAUGGCCGAAAGAGAGAGAGGUGAUGCAGCAUCAUCGAUAUUGUGUUAUAUUAAUCACAUGGAUGUGACAGAGGAAACAGCAAGAGAGCACAUUGAAGAAAUGAUAAAGAGAGCGUGGAAGAAGAUAAAUGAACAGUGCGUCAGUACCCAAGAUGCUUCAAAACAAGCAUUUGUAAACCAAGCCAUGAAUGCUGCUCGUGUGGCACAUACUCUUUACCAGAAUGGUGACGGUUUUGGAAUUCAAGAUGGAGAUAUUAAGAAGCAAAUAUUGUCAUUAGUUAUUGAACCCUUUCCUGAUGUAUGA